CGGAGAGCGUCGGUUUCUCGGGCGAUGAUAAAUAAUAUUCGGCCUCCUCUUGCUGUUUGCGGGUUCUGAUAUCUGUUGUUUGUUGCAUUCUAUCUGUUCUGUUGCAUUGUAUUUGUUGUAUACAUCUACUACUUACUUCUUCUUCAUAUCUGCUGCAUCAGACAUCAUGGCCCCGUCCGCAGACUACCCCGUCCCGUCCUCCUACUCCCUCCUCGCAACCACCCGCUCCAUCUUCGACGCCCUCCUCGCAGACUCCUCCAUCCCGCUCCCCUCCGCCGCCCGCGCAAAGAGCUCCGCCGUCCAGUUCACCAUCCCAGACCUCUCCGCCGACGGCCUGCCCAUCCUGCCCUGCUCCUUCAAGGAAUGCGAGACCGUCGCCGCCCUCAAGGGCCUCGAGGGCUCCGUCGCCGCUGCCCUUUCCGAGCUCAGAUUCGGUCCGCAGACUGACGAGCACGUCGAAAUCGACCUGCAGCAUGCCACCAUGUUUCUCUUCAUGGCGUACCUCGCCUCUGUCGACGGACACACAAAGCUCGACCCGGAAGUCAAAAAGAAGCUCGUCGACACCGACUUCCUCGCCGCCCAGUCUGAUCCCUACCGACGCAUGUCUGCAAAUCUCUACAAAACCAAAGACGGCAGGUUCUUCCACAUCCACGGCUCGCUCGAGGCCACCACGACCCUCAACAUGAUCGGACUUCCCGGCCAUAUCCCCGGCUUCACAGACUACGAGGCAAUCAUCCGCAAGAUCGAGGACCAUGUCAUCAAGUUCACCGCCGCUGAGCUCGAGCAGAUGAACGCCGAGCGCAAGCAAGCCGGCGUCACCGUCCUCUCGCCCGAGGAGUUCCUCGAGACCUCGCAUGGCAAAAUCAUGUCCUCCCUGCCCAUCUUUGAGUCCGAAACCCUCGAAUCGUCCACGCCGCCCGCCAAAUUCGCCGCCGACGAGCCAUCGUCGCCAUCCUCCGACCGACAGAUCUUGAAAGGCAUCAAGGUUCUCGAACUCUGCCGCAUCAUCGCUGGCCCGACCAUCACCCGCAUUCUCGCCGAGUACGGCGCCGAGGUGCUCAAGAUCACCGGUCCUGGCGCGUCCGACGUGCCGUUCUUCCAGGUUGAUGGAAACAUGGGCAAGCGCACUGCCACGCUCGACCUCAAGUCCGACGAAGGACGGAAGCAGUUCGAGAAGCUGGUGUGGGACGCCGACGUGAUUGCGGACGGAUACCGCACCGGUGCUUUUGCAAGACUCGGGUACCCCCCCUCGUGGUUUGCUGAGAUUGCAAAGAAGCGUGGCAAGGGCUUUGUCUACGUUUCUGAAAACUGCUUUGGUUUCAAAGGCGAGUGGUCGCACCGGCCGGGAUGGCAGCAGAUCGCGGACUGCGUGUCUGGCGUCGCCUACGGUCAUGGCAAGUCGAUGGUCGACGACGCAAGCAAGCCGAUCGAGCCUAUCAUUCCCCCCUUCCCGAUGUCUGACUACGGCACCGGCUGCAUCGGUGCGAUCGGCGCGCUCGCUGCUCUCUACCAGCGCGCGGCCGAGGGCGGCAGUUAUUGGGUCACGACCUCGCUCGUGCAGUACGAUCUCCUGCUUCUCGACCAGGGCACCUAUCCCGACUGGCUGUGGAAAAAGGUGCGCGACAUGCACGAUCCGGCGGUCAAAGAGCUGCGGUACUGCGACUCCGUCGACCGCAUCUCCGCCACCGCGCUCAAGUCUUGCAUCCGUCUCCGCCCUGACGUGUUCCAGGAAGCGUUCAUGGACCCGCUCGACGACGGGCUCUCGGACGAGGAGUAUAACGCCAAGAGUCGGUAUAUCGAGCGACAUUACGCCCCGGGGUUUAACGGCAAGAUCAAGGUUUUGAAACCGGUCGUGAAGAUGAAGAGCGCGGUUAACAGGUUCAACAGCACGAGCAGACCAAACGGGUUCGAUGAACCUGUCUGGCUCAGCAGUUAGAUUUUAUAAAUCCUUCAUGUGUUGCGGUU